CUCUUGCACGCAUGUCGUUCCUCUGCACUACGAAUCUCUCUCUACACCCCCAUCCUCAAUUUCUAUAUCCUAACCUUAACCCUAAAUCCCCAAAAUUUCUCCUCCAGUUCCCCGCAAAGCCCCCUAUCCUCAGAUUCUCCGGCCACCGGACCAUCUCAUUCCGUUCCCCGGCGAGACCAACAACAUCCAGCCAACAUCCUUUCACAUGGCUUCAAAUCGCAGCCACCUCCGCCGUUCUCUUCUUCGGCCUCAAUGUCCAGGCCUGCCUUGCAGCUUCCUCUCCUUCUCUCCCUGCUAACACCAUCGUAGCAGCACAGGAGGAAAGUACAAUAGAUCAAGACGAUGAUGGUGGUGUAGAGAGAAAUGUUGAUAAUGUGCAAAUGAAUGAAGAUAAGGAAUUGAAUGCUGCUGAAUUUGAGAAUUGGAAGUUGAAAACUUUCGCGUUGUCUGUUCCUCUUAGAAUUGUUGCUUUGCGUGGCUCUGUACCUCCUUCAUGGAUCAAGGAUUUUAUUCAGUCUCAAGGAAGAAGAUUGAGGUUUCGUGUGAAGUACCUUGGAAGCCUGGAAAACAUUUUUUCUGACAUGUCUGCGUCCUUUAACAAACAUAAUAUCGGUCCCAUGUCAACUGUGGCUUCUGAUAUUGUUAGUGUUGGUGAUUCUUGGCUCAGUUUUGCAAUUAAAAAUGCUAUAAUUGAGCCUGUGAGAGGGGUAGAAGAGCAAGAUUGGUUUAAAGGCUUAAGUGACAAGUGGAAGGUAUACCUGCGCAGGAACCAUGAGGGAGAAAUAGAUCCCGAAGGUGAAAUAUGGGCUGCUCCAUAUCGAUGGGGCAGCAUGGUUAUCGCCUACAAGAAAAGUAAAUUUCAAGAGCAUAAAUUGGCUCCUAUAGAGCCAUUGUUGCAGGAUUGGGCAGAUCUGUGGCGGCCUGAGCUUGCAGGGAGGAUUUCAAUGGUUGAUUCUCCUAGAGAAGUUGUUGGUUCAGUUUUAAAGUAUAUGGGGGCAUCGUACAAUACAAAGAAUAUUGAUUUGCAAGUUCCUGGUGGGAAGAAUGCUGUCCAGCAGAAUCUGGCAUUGCUUGGGAAACAGGUUCGACUAUUCGACAGUAUGUACUAUCUGAAAACAUUUAGCAUGGGAGAUGCAUGGGUUGCUGUUGGGUGGAGUAGUGAUGUUCUUCCCAUUGCCAAACGCAUGUCUAAUGUUGCAGUUGUAGUCCCCAAGUCUGGAACUAGCUUAUGGGCUGAUCUAUGGGCAAUCCCAGCUGCCACUAAACUUGAAACAAACCAGAUCGGGGGGCGAAUCAGAGGACCAUCUCCUCUAAUCCAUCAAUGGAUAGAGUUCUGCUUACAAGCUGCUAGAGCACUGCCUUUUAAGCAGGAGGUAAUCCCGGGAGCAACUCCCUCUGCUAUCGAAAACUCUGUCAUUGAAGUCCCAAAAGAGCUCACCAAGGGUAAGCCAAAACUGGACACGAAUCUUAUUGCUGGAGUACCCCCACCUGAAAUCUUGACUAAGUGUGAGUUCUUGGAGCCGUUGCCUGAUGCAACUUUGUCAGACUAUAAGUUGCUUAUCCGUACUAUGCAGAUUCCUGAUCCUGGUUUAAUCCACAGAAUACAGCAUUAUAUCUUGUCAACAAUUCAUACUUUUAGAUUAAAGCAGCAUCCAAAGGUAGCAUAAACCAAGUACAUCUCUUUGAAGACACUGUACAUUUAUUUGAUAGAACAGAAACAGCUUUAAACUGCUAAUACGUGGUUUUAAACCACAGAUCAUAUAAUUAACCCUAUUUAAUAAUUAAAUUCUUGUACAAUUUGUUUAGAAGAUUAUCAAACAGUUGCAGAUAUUCGAGCAGUCUGUACCAAGGUCUGGCAUUGGUUUUUCCA